UUUAUAAUCACGCAUCGGUAGCUCUUCAGAAAGAAGAAGAAAAACCCACCAAAAAACGCGAAAACCUUGACAACAAAGCAGAAAAAAAUAUUAUUGCCCCACAAAAAGCGAAAAUAAACAAACAAAACGGAGGCGCGCAGGCUAGCGGAGAUCGCGGCGAUGGAGAAGAAGGCCAAGGAGUCGCUGCGCCGCUACAAGAAGGCCGCCCGCCACAGUGCGACGCACUCGAGCAGUUCGGAUUCCACCUCGGAUUCGGAUAGCGGGACCAGUUCGUACAGCAGUACGGACAGCGAGCAGGGUGGCGUGGGCGGUGGAGGUGGCGGCGGCGGGGGUGGUGUGGGCGGUCCCGGUAGCGUGGGCGGCGGUCCCGGCGGCAGCAUCCACGGACAUCCACAUCCCCACGGCCAUGGACAUCAUCAGCGCUCUGCAGAGCGGCAUCACCGCAAGAAGAAGAGCUCUCGACGCGGCGGCAGUUCGUCCGGCGAUGAGCCAUCGCGUCGGAAGCGGGACAAACGGGAUCAUGUGCAAAAGAAACUGGUGGCCAAGCGGAAUCACAUUAAGCGCAAGUUGAAGGAGGCGCGUCUGAAGAAGCGAGCGGCCGCCGCUCUCAGUGGCCACGUCCACCGUUCCCUGUCGCCCACCACCCGGGCCAAACUCAAGAAGCUCGCGGAACGGAAGCGGUUGAGGGCCGCCAGCAAGGAGCAGCGGGAACGGGACAAACUGAGGGCCGUUCAGCGGGACAGGGAGCGCGACCAUCACCGGUUGGGCAGCAGUCGGAGUCCGCCGAGCAGCAGCACCACCACCACCACUAAGAUACGCAUCCACCAGGACAUCGUGGGCAAGCGGCAAAAGAGUCCAGGUUUGGGUUCGGGGCUUGGCGGCAGCGGCAGCAGCUCAUCCUCGCGCAUGCACCACGCGCUGAUGUCGCGGGAGAAGAUCAUCAUCCAGACGCGGGCACGCGGACGCACUCCCUCCCUGGAGCGGGAACGCGAAAGGGAGCGUGAGCGAGAACGGGAAAGGGAACGCGAGCGGCAUGAUCUCUCGCUGCGGGAACGCGAUCGUCGGGAUCGGGAACGCGAGCGAGCGGAACGGGAAGCGGCGAGGGACAAGGAGCGUGCCGAGGCAUUGGCCCGCUGUCAGGAGCGUCAGCGGGAGCGGGAACGCGUGGCGCGCGAGAAGCUGCGUCGCCAGGAGGAGGAGGAGGGCGGCAAGCGGGGCGGUCCCGGCAGAGACUUGGAUCUGCCGCCCUACGGCAGCAGGGAGCGAUCACUGGACACCGUCGACAGGGAGCGAGAUCGGGAACGUGGCGGUCGCCAUGUGCGCGACAAGCGGGAACUGGAUCCCUAUGAGCGGGAGCAGGAGUAUCUGGAGGAGCGGCAUGGACACGGCCUGAUCGACGAGAUGCGAAGGUAUCGACGGAGGGAUCUCAGUCCACUAUCUGAACACUAUCCACCUCGGAUGCGGGAUCCCCGGGAAAUGUAUUCCGAGGAAGAGCGCGAAAGGGCCUACAAGCGCGCCUAUCUGGAUGCCCGCUAUUCCUCGCGAGAACGGGAAGCCUGGCUGGAGGCCCGCGAGCUGCGGGAACGGGAGCUGCAGGGACGCGAGUACCGCGACCUGGAGGCGGAGGACGGGCUCUAUCCGGACGAGCGGGAGCGCUUGAUCCGCGACAGGGAGCGGGAUCGGGAGCGGGAACGCGACCGAGAGCGCGAACGCAAUCUAGGACCACGUGGCGAAUUCCGACCGGACUGGGAGCGCGAUUGGGAUGAUGAAGCCGCCGGCGGCGGCGGUGGUGGUGGUCCGGGUGGACCCAGUGGAACGCCUGGACGACCCAGCGGCUUCGUGGGCGGACCCAAGCGUGGCAAACCGCCAACGCAUCCGGGCGGCGGUCCACCGUCGCAGCAGCAGCAUCAUUCCGCCUCGGAGCCCGACUGGGAUGCCGACGAUCGCGAGCGAGAGCAGCGGGAUCGGGAGCGAGAACGCGACCGGGAACGGGAGCGUGAUCGCGAGGAUCGUUCGGACACUGGCGGCGGCGGAGGCGUUGGCGGCGACAGGCCGUCGAUUAAGAACGAGCCCGCUUGGCUGGAGCACGAUCAGCGGGAGAAGCCACGCGCCUGGCAGCAGCAGCAGUCGUCCAACGCUGGCGGCGAUUGGCGGGACAGCGACGAUGUGCCGACCAUUCCCUCCCAUCCGCGUCCCGUUUCGCCGAUUCAUCACAUUCACCCGCGAGGCGAAAGGGGAUCUGGCAGAGGAUUCCGACGCGGUGGCCACGGACACGGGGAUCAUGGCGAACGACCUGGCUAUCGGUCCCAUCCGCCACCGCUGAUGACGUUGCCCGUUCAGCCGCCGGGUGGCUACUCCAGGGGAUUCCCCCACAAGAGAUUACCCUACGGCGGUGGUGGUGGCGGCGGAGGAACUCGCGAAGGCGGCGGAUUGGCAAGCAGGGAUGGCGGUCUACCCGGCUCCACUUUGUUCCUGAAGAAGCACAUCCAUGCACCGCUCGUCUCGCCCACACAAACGCCGCUGCUGAACCCGCUCCUCAAUCCCGGCAAGCCGACCAAUGCUGCCGCGCAAGCGAGCGCCGUGGCUGCGGCAACAACUGCUGUGGCAGCUGCCAAGGCGGCGGCUCAAAGUGCCGCCAAUGCGACCACAAAUCCCGGAAUACUCGCACAGGUGAGCAAACUGAACACGAUGUGCAUUAAGCAGGAAGAUGCCUCUGAGGACUCCGCCGGCACACCGGAACUCGGCGCCCAGGAUUCGCCUUCGCAGAAUCUGAACCACUCGCUGACCUCCGAGGGAAAUCCAAUCAAGCUGGAGCCACUGCGUUCGAGCGCCGUCGAGGGUGAGCUGAGCGAGAUCAGCGAUAGCGACGACGACAUCCUCAACAAAACGGACAAGGUGCGCCCUAAAAGUGAGUUGCCAACGGAGACCGACCAGGAGAUGGAGGCCAACGGGGAUGAGGUGAAGAGCGAGGCUCUCCUUGGUGUUGCUGGUCAUCCGAUUAAGGGCGAGGAGAUCGACGAGGUGCUGGACUUCGAGGAGAUAUCCGAUGGCGAACUAGAAGAGGAUGCCCGACACAAAGGCAUUGGCGAUGCUUUGGGCGUGGACUGGCAGGGUUUGAUAGCGGAGACAAGGCAGCAGGCAUCCGAGGCACAGGCGGCGCAGCAGGGCGUGGAUCGCGGCACAUCCGCCAAGCAACGUUGGCAGCCGCAUCGCGUGCUCCUCGACAUGGGAAUUUCGUUCGGCAUGGCUGGCGAAAGCUACGCUCGUCGCGUCAUGGAGGAGGCCCGCCAGAAGUUGAUCCUGGAGAAGGAGCAGUGCCGCCAGCGCGAAAGGGAACGCGAACUGCUGGAGGGAGACCAAGAGCCACCGGCAAAGAUAACGCCACCUUUGUUUGACUACCGUGAAUUUCUGGCCAGUCCGCAGCAACUGGAGCCAUUGGCCUGCGUGCAAAUGGGUCUCCGGAGUGCCGCCGCCGAGCGCCAGCGUUUGGUGGGCAAUGUCUGCGGUCCGGGCAGUCGAGCCCUGAGUGCUCGCCAGGAUUUGCGCCUGCGCCGCCAACUAUGCGGCCUGCCCGCCCGCGAAUGCGAGUUCCCGCGAAGUGUUCCAAUCGUCGGCGAAGGACUUCGCAACCUGGCCAUGCAGAUGUUCCAGCGCAGUCUCCUCGAUGUCAAAUGAGAUCGGAGGCCGGGCGCGUUGGAGAGGCGGUACCGCAGGCCACGUCACUAUCGACUGGACGUCCAGGUCUUCAUGGGCCGCCAGCAAAGUAGAGAACGUGCACGAGAACUCUACUAGACUAUUUUUAGGCAAUAAGUUUAAUUUGUAAACUAUAUUACUUGAUGUGGAUUCCUCUUCUUUUUGCUAAAAAUUGUGAAUAUCAACUGCAUAGAAAUACAUACAAUUUGUCACAAAA